AUGUAUACAAUAUAUGAAAUGAAUCCGUUUAAUUAUAAAAACAAUCAUACCAUUACUAAUACUAAUGAUGAUAGUGAUAACAGUAAUAACAGUACUACCACUACUACUAAUAGUAGUAUUCAAGAUACAUCAAGUACUUUAACAAAACACUACUCGACUAAUAUUCUCCUUAAUAAUAAUAAUAAUAUUCCAAUCGAUUUAUCAUUGUUACAACAGCAUGAUGUAUGGUCUUCCCCAAAUGAUUCAAUUAAAUCAAUCAAUUCAAAUAGUGAUGUAAUAAUGAGACAAAAAAUUGAAACUGAAUUUCAACAAUAUAAAGAACAUAAAGAAAUAUCAUUAAGAAACUAUGAAAAUAAUAAUUAUACUAGUGAAUCUAGUAAUGAUACAAUGGAAAUACAAAUUAUAUCGAGCGAUGAAGAUAACGUUCAUAAUAAUACCACUACUACUAAUGAUGAUGAUGAUAUUGAUAUGAAGGUGACAGCAUCUAUUCAAGAAAUUAAUGAUUUAUCGUUGAAAUCUAAAAAUUAUCAUCAUCAUCAUCAUCAUCGUCAGAAGCCUGAAAAAUUGAUAAGUCCAAUUACAUCACAACAAUUACAACAUUGUCUCAAUAAAGCUCUUCUUAGAGCAUCACAUAAUGGUUUAAUUAAUUAUAUUGAAUUAUUGUUAAAUACUGGUGCAAGUAUACAUGCAUUAGAUAAAUAUGGAAGGUCAUGUUUACAUUUAGCAGCAAAAUUUGGACAUGUAAAAGUUAUUGAAUAUCUCUUAAAGUACAUUCCAGAAAAACUAAUCGACUUACAAGAAUAUGAAAAGAACCAAACAGCACUACAUAAAGCCGCGGCAAGUCGAAGGAGGGUCAUCUGUAAAAUUCUAAUCACAGCUGGAGCCUGCCCAAUAAUUACUGAUAUUUAUGGGAAACAACCAAGUAAUUUGGCAUUAAAAGCAAAUGACCCACAACUUGCUACUUACCUAAAAAGAGAAGAAAUAUUGUUCAUUAUUAAAAAUGGAGUUGAGAAAGUAGAUGUGUAA